AUGGCAGACAACGCAGAACUCGAGUCGUUUCGGCGCCAGUGGCGCGAAGAGGUUGCGCAGAGGACGAGGAAUACCAGGCUAGAGCCCCUUAAACCCAGAGCACCGGCGCCAACAUCGACAUCGACAGCUCGAUUGGGUCAAUUUCCCCCAACUCGCCACGAAGCAUCGGAACGCAAGGAUGAAGACGAGGAUGAUGAUGGGCCCAUGGCUCCUCCCGCAGAUCAGGAGGAGAUAGUGCAGCAAAUCGGACAGUUGAGUCUGGGUGAUGAGGAUGCGUUUCAUUCGCGAGUGCCGGAGAAAGAGCCCAGCUCGGCGUUGGAGCAUUUUGAAAAAGCGGUGCAGAAGGAGGAGGAAGGUAGCUUGGGUGACAGUCUCCAGCUCUACCGCAAGGCAUAUCGGUUAGACUCGGCCGUCGAUAAAUCAUACCGUGAUAAGCAUUUUGCUUGGGCAUGGAAGAAACCCGCACAACCCCCUGCUCCUAGUGCUCCAACUACUGGCACCACAACAGUGAAGCAAGACGAAAAAGAGUCCGGGAUUCUGCCAACGCCCGAGCUCAUCGCAUCCUUUGCGAAUUUACCCAUCCCCCCGGCCGAACCUGAAAUCGAGAAUACAACCCCGCCCCCCUGCCCUAUCGCCAAGGUUCCGUCCGAAGUUAUUGUUGAGAUACUGAGACAUGUGGCUUUGAUGGACCCGGCAGCAUUUGGCCGGGUAUCGCUGGUGUGUAAACGUCUGGCAUACCAUUUCGCACAUGACCAACAUAUCUGGAGGCGCCUAUGCCAGGGAUCAGAGUUCGGGUUCAGAUCAAUGCACUAUUCGUUUGCUUGCGACGUGUUCGGCAACCGAGAGUACACGCUUGCCCCUCGUUACACUCCAUUUCCUUUUGGGACACCAUUACAGAUCCCGAGUCCGUUUGAUUCAUGGAGUGAAGUCUUCCAAAUGCUUCCCCGGAUCCGCUUCACAGGGGUCUACAUCAGCACGGUUAACUACACUCGACCCGGCGGGGCCUCCGCAUACCAGAACGUAUCGUGGAACAGCCCCAUCCACAUCAUAACAUACUACCGAUACCUACGAUUCUACCCAGAUGGGACAGUUCUUUCGUUGCUGAGCACCACGCCACCGCUAGAUGUGGUUCCGUACAUAAACAAGGAAAACGUCAUGACAGCACGAGGAGCGUCUUCUCAUCGACAGCAGCAGCAACAACAACAACAACAACAGCAGCAGCAGCAGCAACAACAGAAGGGCCAAACAGCCACUGGUACUUCCGAAUAUGUUCCUCCGGUAGCAAUGGCAGCGUUGAAACACACCCACCGGGGCCGGUGGCAUCUCGUCAAACCGACCACGCUACCAGAUCCACCGAACCCGAAUGUCAGGCCUGAACUGGCACCAGACCCAUCGUUACUAGGUAAAACCCCGGAAGGCGUCGAAACUGAUUCCCGAGACAUCAUCAUCGAAACCGAAGGGGUUGAUCCAAAGUACAUCUACACGCUCCAUCUGGCCUUGCGGUCAUCUUCUGGUGGAGCUAAGCCUGCAAACUCCAAUGUUUCACCACCUAACCCGGCUAAGAAUACCAAGCUAGCUUGGAAGGGAUACUGGAGUUACAACAAGCUCACGGAUGACUGGGCUGAGUUUGGGCUGCGGAAUGACCGGGCAUUUGUGUUCCGGCGUGUUCGGGGGUGGGGUAUGAAUUGA